UACUCGUAACGCUGCUUUCGUAAAGAUAAUGAAGCAUCACAUCAUAAUUCAGCAGCUUUCUAAAGACGAUGAAAAGUUUUACCACCAAAAAGCGCUGUCUGUAGAAAAGUCGAGAAAAGCUUCUUCUAAACGUAGCGUAGGCUGAAUAUCAUACAGACUUUUUUAUUUAACGAAUCAGAAUUACUUAGGUACACAAUGUUAAUUUCGUUAACAACGCAACUAAUUGUGGAUUUAAUUUGUUUUAAAUUCAUCAACUCAAUGUGUCCCGAAAAUUUCCAAAGUUGGUUAGUUUGAAUUGUUCUGCAAUUGCAGCUAUUAACAACAGCGUGAGGAGCAUUCUUCAGUGUUAAAUAACUUUUGAUGGCUUCCAGUCAAGAUUUUACCAACGAAAUUCUCCAAGGAAAUGCCGCCUUCACCAACAAGAUUUACCAAAUCCUUUCCCGGACACCCGGAAAUGUGUUCUUUUCUCCGUUCAGUCUUCACAUUGUCAUCGCCAUGGCGUACCAAGGAUCCAGAAACGAGACACUAGAAACCAUCCAAAAAGUACUUCAAAUUCCUGACCCCUUAAGCACAGCAAUUGGUUACCAAGAAAUAACGCGCAACUUGACGUCAUUAAAAAACGCACUUUUACACACUGCUUUCAAAAUUUACCUUCGAAAAGAAUUUCGACUUUUAUCCUCAUUCGAAAACACGGUCAAAAAGUAUUUUGACUCGGAAGUGCAAUCCCUGGAUUUUGAUCAAACGAGCGCUACGGUCAAAAAAAUAAACGAAUGGGUCGCUGAAAAAACACGCGGAAAAAUUGAGGAUAUCGUGGAUGACGAUUUGAUAGCUUCUACUUCUUUGCUUCUUCUUAACGCGAUAUAUUUUAAAGGCAGCUGGGAUAUACCUUUUUCUGAACGUAAGACUAAGAUGAGAAAUUUUUAUCUGAACGAACAGGAUGUGGUCAAAGUGCAAAUGAUGGAUGGUCGGAAAUAUGUUUUUUACAACGACAAUAAACAAUUAAAGUCUCAAAUUCUCGCUUUGCCGUAUGAGGGUGAGGAGAUCUACAUGGUGAUCUUCCUACCAGUAUAUAAAAAUGGAAUUGGAGAAAUGGAAGCUCUACUGUCUGAAAUGAAUCAUAGUGAAAUUUUCAGUCGAUUGGAUUAUACGGCAGUGGAUGUGUUUUUACCAAAAUUUAAAUUCGAGACGACCAUGGAAAUGGAUGACUUGAUGAAAGAGAUUGGACUUGAAGUGAUUUAUGACGAAGACAAAGCCGACUUUAGAGGGACGAUCGAACUCGAGGAGGGGGAGAAUUUGUGUGUAACUAAAAUACUUCAAAAAGCUUGUAUUGAGGUUAACGAAAAGGGGUCAGAAGCUGUUGCUGCUUCAGUUGUAGGAGAGUGUGUUCUGGUAAGCAACCCACCAAUAAAACGAGAAAUUUUGAAGUUUAUUGUGGACCAUCCUGCGGUUUUUAUGAUUGUUGCCGGAUUGUUUGAAAAACCAAACGUUUUAUUUUAUGGAAGACUGGCCCACCCUGAAGAAGCAGUAAGGAGGGAUGUCUUGAGUAAUUUCGUGAAUUUCAUGAGAAAACCCUUCAAAACUAUAAACCGAAUUUUCUAAAUGUGCUAAAACAUCCACUCAACUGCAAACUUAUUAAAACCAACUAAGAUUAAUUUUGUUUCUUUGCUGAAAUCUAAAACAGGCUGUGUAUAUUUAAAGAUAAUGUGAUAUUCAAAGCAUGUGUUGAGAAUUAAAAUGUUUCAAAUAUUUAUUGUUCAUAGAGUAUAUAUUUACACGAUAUUUAUGAUAUUAUAUACCAUAGCAAAUCGUACUUUUGUUACUAUAAUUGUAGAAAUAAAAAUUAAAAUAAAAAAGUGUUCAGAGGAAAUUUUAUUGUUUAUAAUAGUUUUAUAAUUUAGAAAACUGUUAUAACAGAUAUUUAAAUUGGUGCAAAAAUCUAAAACAGAAAUGAUUUGCUUUUUCGCGCUUACCUCGAAAAUAUGGUUAUCCUUCUCUUAUAAGAGAUACAAGGUAUUCAAUUUUCUAGCAACUGUUUACUUUGAAGGGAAUUGUUGAACCAGCUGUUGAGGAGAUGUUUCUUUCUUUGAAUGUUGAUUCAAGUAUAUCUUUUUGUUAAAGUAAUCUGCAAAACUGAAUAUUAUGAACUGGUAGAUCAAAUUUUAAUCCAAUUUUGUCACAAUAUAGAUUGAACGAAUCUGACAAUGUUGAUUCGUCACAUUACAAAGA